AUGAUUGCAGAAGCCACACCCACGAGCCUCAAGGUGUCUUGGAUUCCCGCCAGCUUAGGAGAUGGCUACCUGAUCGGAAUAGCCCCGUAUACCGAACCGGAGAUCAAACUGGAUGGAAUCGGCACCAAAUUUGCAAUUAUUAGAGAUCUUCCCAAGUGUGCCAUAGUAGACCUGACUGUGUAUACCUACAAGGAUGGAGAAAAGUCAUCUGGUGUAAAAGUAUCAGGAUAUACUCGUAUGUUAAUCCAUCUUUUAGGGCCGCAUAUUCUCUUUCUUGUCUAUAAAGCCAACAUUUUCAGCUUUUUCACACGUUAA